AUGGGCGCUGAGAAAAGCGCGGAGACCGAGUUGGCAGUGCUUGGAACUGAGGGAGGAGAAAGUGUCUCAAAGGAAGAUAGUGCAGUCACAGAGUUAGUUCAGCUCAUGAACAAGCAAAAAAUGCUCUCCUCAACAGAUUCAAAUAGUUGGGGUCAGCCUCCUGCAAGUUUAUCAACAGAUCCGCCAGCAGCAUCUUUACUUAUUCCUUUUGCACCUGCUUCAGAGUGUCCAGAUCGUCUUAAGCCGCCAGCGGAGACUAUGACACCAACACAGGUUCUGAAAAAAAAGAUCAAGUUAACGCCAACAUCGGAUUCAAUGGAGUUACCUGCUGCAAAUGAUAUCUCGGAGGCUGCCUCUACAGUGGAACCUACUGCAGGUGCUAUCUCGGAAUCUGAGUCGACACUGGACGGGGCGAGAAGGGAGCACAAUGGAAGCAAUGAUAGCGUCAGUUCGGGCAAUAUCAACCUUGCUGUUAGCUUACCGAAUUCCCAAUCACGGCCUGCUACCGGAAAAGGCAGGCGAUGGCCAAAGAAAUCUCGUGUUGCUGCUAAUUUACAGUUUCUCAGGAAACAGCCGGAAAACAAAAAGUGA